AUGUUUAGGAGAUCACCAAGAAUAAGUAAGAAGAAUGAAGAUCAAAUUGUCUCGCAAGAGAGUAAGCAAGAUAAAGAAACAAAACGAAAUGCAAAGAACAAUAAAAUGACAGUUGAAAAAGAGGCAACAAGAAAGAGGAAGAACAAGAGUGCAAAUGAAGUAACACAAAGAAAGGUGAAACACAAGAAGACAGCUGAGGAAAAACCAGAAGAGUCGGAAUCAGAAUCCGAAGAAGAAAGACAAGAAGAAUCAGAUGAAGAUGAUGAUGAAGAGCCGGAAGAAGAGGAAAAAGAAGCUGAAAAGGAAAGACAGAAGAAAUUCAUCAAAGGAAAUGCAAAGAACAAUAAAGAUACAACAAGAAAGAGGAAGAACAGCAGUACAAAUAAAGAAGUACAACAAAAGUUAAAGUUGAAACUCAGGAAGAUAGCUGAGGAAAAAUAUGAAUCACAAUCCGAAGAAGAAGCGCAAGCAGAAUUAGAUGAAGAUGAUAAAGAGUCGGAAGAAGAGGAAAAACGAGCAAAAAAGAGCAAACUGAAGAAAGUCAUCAAAGGUAAAAACAUACAUUGUAAUAUUUGUGAUGGUACAUCUAACUAUGUUGUUUAA